CGUGACUGUCAAUCAAUUGUACACAUUCGCUGGAGUGGCGUCAGUGAUGGGCACUUUGAGGAAAGAAACCACCGGGACUACUGGAGCACUGAUAUCAUGACUGAUGCAAUACAGCAAGUGAAGUCCAACUUCACUUUUCUCAAAAGUAUUAUCGCCGAAACGACUUGUUUUUAUUUUUUUUAUCAUCAUGAAAAUUUUGCUCUCAGUUUAGCUCUCAGUGGAAGGUGUGGACUGAUGAGAUUCGAGCGCAAUGUCGUGGAAAAAAAUAUUAUUUUGACUAUACAUUCCAUCUAAAAGACACACAUUCGGCCUGAAAUUAUUUAUCAUGUGCGACUGUAGGAGAAGCUACAUUCUCGACCUCCCCUUCAAGAGACACAUGCAGCAAGACGAAACAAGCUGGCGAUCACUGGCGACUCACCCAUAGCGAACGCCCCAACCAGCAACCUGCACACAGGCAGCGAGCGAUAUAAGCAACCAGCUUGAUGACCCAAGCCACCAUCUUCGCUGUCUCUGACAAGCAGCAAGCAAGGACUAGCACUCUGUCUUCCGAAGAACCUCACUCCAGACAGUGAAGCCAGGAACGCUGCCACGAUGCCUAUUCUCGAGGUGUCCACGAACCUGCCCAAGGAGAAGGUGACCCCAGAAGUGCUCAGCGGCCUCAGCAAGAUGGUCAGCGAGAUACUCGACAUAUCGGAGAGUUUGUGCAUGAUGCACGUCCUGCCUGACCAGCUGAUGACCUUGGGCGGCUGCAGUGAGCCGUGCGCGGUGGCCAGGCUGAGUUCCAUCGACAAUCUGGGAGUGGAGCUGAACAAGAAGCAUGCUGCCAAGAUCUUCGCCUUCAUGGACAAACAUCUCGGGAUCUCCAAAGAUAGAAUGUUCAUGGUGUUCCAUGAGUUGACCACAUCAAUUGUUGGACACAAAGGAACAACACUCCAUGAACUGUAUGGCCGCUAAACUUUUACCACACGCGGAAUUAAGUAAUAAAGGUUGCAUUCAAACACAGCAUUCCGCGAAAUUCAGGGCUGCCAGUACUGCCCUAAGUUUGAGUUUUUUUUUUUUUUUUUUUUUUAACUCAGGCGACCUCAAGCGGGGUAUAAGAGUACAAGAGAUACAAACAUUACAACACCGCACUAACACAGUAGCCAAUGAAAUUGAAAGUUGUUCCGAGGUAUAUGUAAUCAUCUAUACAACAUCAACUGUGUCAAUACCAAAAUUAAAAGUCUUAUACUUUCUGACUUUACCUUUAGAAAAAAAUAACAUUUUUAGUUUUAGAAGUGUUCACCUGCAGUGCCCAUUUGUUAUAAUAUUGAAAAACUGUGUCCAAAGCUAAUUAUAAUUGUACAUCAUUAUCUGUAAAUACAACUGUGUUGUCAGGAUGCAACAAACAAUAAAUGUUAAAAUACA